AUGGCCGACACCCGCUACACUUCGCCAGACCCAACAACCCACGACACGGUCGGCGCGUCUACAAUCGCUACACCUUUGUUUAUGCCAUCGUCACCUCCUCCUGCUGAGGAGAGAAUGGUUGAUGCUCGCCCACGUGCCGAUAGCCCUGUUUCCGACCGUGUCGCUGCCGAGAGUGACGGAGCGCGUUCGCCAGCGCUAUCUAGAGCUUCGUCUCCCGAUCAUCAAGCGAAUGAACUCGAUGCGCGACUAGCGGAAUAUACUGUGGAUUUUCGCGCUUUAUCAGGCACACAGUUAGCUCGUGAUGAUGAUACGCUACCGGAUCUGAAAUUUCCGCAUGAGGAGGACAAGCUUUCUGAGGUCGGUGGCCCGGAGGACUUUACUGCCAACAUGGAGAGGUAUCUGAUGGGUAUGGAUGAUGACUUGGAGGACAAGGAUUGGGAGGAGGGUCAAUCAGCGCUCGUGAAGGACAAUCCUCAGCCAGCGAUUACGCUGGAUGACAAGCAUGAGGGACAACAAGAAGAAAAGGAGACGGACCAUGAGCCACAACAGGGGCAUGGCUUACAGCAGCCUGGCCCAGAUGAUGAAGCGGAAGUUGGCGAGUAUAGUGAAUUUGGACCCCCUGUUGACAUGUCCACCCCAUCCCAUUUCCUGCGUAGGACAGGCGCUUUCGCCAAGGAAAUGACCCAGCUGGAAGAUAUCGAGGAGGAUCCCGACGAUGAAGCCCAACCAGUUUCCACACCGUCUGUCCAGAGACAGACCGCUACACUACAGAAGGAUACGAUGGAAUCAAACGAGGAUUUACGGCUUCAAAUCGCCGAAUUAAAAGCAGCGAUUCGAGACCGCGAUCAGCAGCUGGAGAGAAACCAUAGACGGGUACUGGAAGCCGCUUCUGCGGGGGAGCAGAUCAAGCAUCUGCAGGCUGAACUCCAGAAGAAAUCAAGCCAGUUGGACGAUCUUCAAGCGAAAAUCGACGACGACGCCAAUCUGCGACAGCAGAUACAGAUGCUCCAGACAGAGAACGACGAAAAAGAGUCGUACAUGCGGAGAUCCUCAUUCAGCCAGUCCGGACUCAGUGCGCUUCAGAAACAGCUCGGCGAUAUGCAAAAGGAGCUACAGAGCAGAGAUACGCGCGCGGACCUGGACGCAGAGCGGCUGGAGACGAUUGCAUACCUACGUCAACAACUGGACCUGGCGCAAGAACAGUUGAAGAAACGCGAUGCGACGCUCGAGGACACCCUAGCCAAGCUGAGAGAUGUCACCGCAGCGAAAGAGUUACAACUGCGAGAGAAGAACACUGAGAUCGAUGGCCUCAAGGCUCAAAUUGAUGAUAAUCUCAUGGAGAUUGACAGGCUGGAGACGGAACUAGAGCAGGCGAACCAAGAAUACCGAGUUCUUGAAGAGAAGGUUGAAUCACUGGAGACCAAGAAUCGCCCGCUAGAAGAGAAGAAUAGCACUCUUGAAGCCGACCUUAACCGCGCGCAGUCGCAGGUUACGGCUCAAGGAAACGCGCUGAAGGCCAUGGCGGCAGAAAUGCCACUCGAAGUGGGGGGACGGAAUACGUACACCGAGAUUCUCGAACUUAUUAAAGAUCUUGACCCGCACAGCACGACACGCUCGUCCGGGAAGCCUUCCUUGUCAAGGGAGGCAGACUCAAAAGAUGAUGAAAUGGAAGGAUAUCGUCAGGAUUUGGCCAAGGCCCGGGCCGAACUGGAGGAGGCAUCUUCGGUUCGGCAGGCCCUUGAGCUCGAUUUGAAGCGGUCCCAAGAACAGGCCACUGAGGCGCAGACCCUGUUCAAGUCGGUCGAAGACGAGAAUACACGCCUCACUAAACAGAUAGACGACCUGCGGACCAGCCUGGAUAGAGUUCAAGGAGAACUCAACCAGAUGAGGGCGGAGCAUGCGGAAGCCCUCGAAACCAUCGGCCGUCUUCAGACAGAGAAGAACACGCAGCAACCCAGUCCUCCCCCUUCACCUCCCACGCCGCGCAACAUCGGCCAGGCAGAGAAGCUCGAAGAAUCGUACCGCGCCCAACUCAAGAGCCUCCAAACCGCACACGCCACCGCCAUCUCCACUCUACGUUCGUCUCACGCUGACGCAACCCGCAAGCUACGUGAUCUCCUUGCCGCUGCCGAGAAGCGAGAAUCAAAACUCAAAGCCGAAGUGCAGUCCCUCCUCGCCGCGCGCGCGACGCAAGAUACUCAAAUACAGUCUCUUGACGCGGAGGUCAGAAGACUGCAAUCUGCGAUUGCCGUGAAGGAAGAGGCGGCCGCUGCGCUGGACGAGCGAAUCGCCCGGUCCGUCGAGAAGCGCGAGAAAGAGUGGGAGCGCCGCGUGGAUCUGCUCCUAAAGGAGAGAGAGCGGAUGGCCAAAGCCCUCAUGUGGGUCUGGGGGGAGAAGGAAGUCGGCGACGUCAAGGAGAACCUCGGCGAGGAUGGGCGACGCGUCAGACAGGCCUAUCGAUAUAAGUAUGCUCAGCGGAAGGGAACCGAGGGAUAG